UCUCCAAAUAUGGAGGAUGAAUUCAUUCUCCUCCCAAAUGGAGAUAAAUUUGAAGGGUGGGUUGGAGGAGCAAAUCCUCCAUAUUUGAAGAUAUGGAGGAUGGAUUGGAGAUGCUUUGAGCGACCCUUCAUAAGCGCAAGAAAGGUUCUGUUGGACAUGGGCCCACCCAUAAGCAAGGCGGUCCAGCUUGUUUCUUUUCAUACUGUGUCCAAAGGAUAUUGGGGUGAAUGUGGACAGCGCGGUGGAUACUUUGAGAUGACUAACAUUCCUCCACAGACAGUAGAUGAAAUCUAUAAGGUGGCAUCAAUAUCACUCAGUCCAAAUGUCCCUGGGCAGAUAUUUUUAGCACUAAUGGUCAACCCACCUAAACCAGGAGAUAUCUCUUACGAUCGGUUUGUUAGAGAGAGCAAAGGUAUCCUCGAGUCUCUGAGGAAGAGAGCACAAAUAAUGACCAAUGGAUUCAACAGCUGCAGAAACGUGGUUUGUAAUUUCACAGAAGGCGCCAUGUAUUCUUUCCCACAAAUACGCUUUCCACCAAAAGCGAUAGAGGCUGCCAAAAAGGCCGAAAAAGUUCCUGAUGUCUUCUAUUGUCUCAAGCUCUUGGAAGCCACGGGCAUCUCCACUAUCCCAGGUUCAGGAUUUGGGCAAAAAGAAGGGUAA